UUUGACGUGAAUGGUUGGUGUUGGUGAAUGGAAAAUAUUUUUCAUGAGAUCGCCCUCAUUGAAUUAUUUUGUGAAUUUUGGUGAAUUAUUUUAAUAAAUUAAACUUUUUUCGUGAAAAUGUUGUGAUGAUGUGAUGUGUCGUAUGUUUUAAUAAAAAAUGGAGUCUACAACAAGCCAAAAAGUGACAUGUGUCGCGAAUUACGCGUACGAUGCGUCCGAGCCGGACGAGCUGAGUAUCCGGCCGGGCGACGUGGUUCGCGAAGUGGAGCGGCUGUCGGGCGGCUGGUGGCGCGGCGAGCUGCGCGGACGCCGCGGCAUGUUCCCUGAUAAUUUCGUUUCCGUCAAUAAUGAACAUAAUACCACAAGCAACAGAUCGGUGGGUGCGCAAGGUGCCCAAGGCCGAUGCCGCGCUGUUUUCAGCUACCAGCCCGCGAACCCCGACGAGCUACCACUUUGUGUUGGAGACGUAUUAGAAGUUCUUGGUGAGGUAGAGGAGGGUUGGUGGCAGGGGCGCCGCCAGGGCCGCGUGGGCGUGUUCCCUUCCAACUUUGUGGUGAUGCUGGAACCCACGCAAGCCCAGCCCGCGCAUCCGUACGAGCCUGCGCCAGCACUGCCGCCUAAACCUGUGAAGGAGCAAUGCCGCGUGCUGUUCCCGUACUGUGCGGUGAACGAGGACGAGCUGACGCUGGCGGAGGGCGAGGUGGUGACCAUCCUGUCGAAGGAUGCUCCCGACCGCGGCUGGUGGCGCGGCGAGCUGCACGGCCGCGUCGGACUCUUCCCUGAUAACUUCGUGCAGCUUCUGCCACCCGUAACACAAGAAGUGGAUGAGAAGAAGCCGGACCGGCCGCCCGCGAAGACAACUAACGCCAUCUAUCCCGUACUCAACAAGUAUUCAGAGAAAACUGCCUCUGUAAAGGAGCUCAGCACUUCCAAAAUAAGCCUGCACAAGGAGAGUACGACAAGCAAAGACAGUAGCACGAGCAGCACCAGCACAGUAACACACUCCAGUAAACUGGAAUCGGAGAAGAUCGUACAUAAUGACACCGUUAAUGAUACACCAGAUGGACAAGUGAAAAAGCCGCCGGUGCCGUUAAAAAAGAGUCCCACGCCCUCGUCAACUGUGAGCGGACUUUUCAGCGGACUGAAGAAUAAAAUGCUAUCAUCCUCUGAUAAAGAGAAAUCAUCAACUGUAUCAAGUGGUAGCAGCAGUAGCGGGGAGUGGGAUAAGAUCGACGGCGGUGUUCCCAGCAAAGCGGCAAAUGCCACUGCCAAUGCCACUGCUAAUGCCACACCCCCCGCCAAUGCCACGCCCAAUGCCACACCCACUGCGGUACCGAACAACACCAGCGUGAUUGCUAACAAUGUUAAUACAUUCGACCAUGUUGAAAGGAAUUCUAUAUUGAACGAUCCUCGAGCUGGCAGAGUGAAAGCCCCGCGGCGGCGGCCGCCCAGCCAGGCGCUGCGUGACGACACGCCCAUACAGAUCGGACUCAGCAACGGACAUGAAGUACCAACGGAAAAGCCUACCGGAGAUAAAUUAGAGGAGAUAAGGCCGCGAGCGCGCGAGUGGGAGAAGCACCGCGCGCCCUGGAUGGACGAGCUGAAGAUGAGCCAGGCCAAGAAGACCAGCUUCAGCGACACCAAGUCCCGCUCCGUCUCCUCCUCCUCCGACACCGGCGUUGCCAGCAAGGCCGGCGGCGGCAGCACCGACAGAAUUCUCGAAUGUGGUCUAGAAGAAAGAAAAACGUCAACACACUCUAUGGAAAUGUCUAAAAGCACCUCUUCUAUCAGCAAUAGGAUAUCCGUUCUCGAAAGCUUUGAAGAGACUAAGACGCGACACUCGCUCGAAGCAAAGAAGGAGGUGAGCAGUAACUCUCGCGAGGAGACCAACUUGAACAAGUCCGUGCCCCCCCUGCCCUCUCCCACUGCUGCCGGUCGGACGUUAACAGCGAUGCUAGAAGAACUAAAGAAACCUUCAACACCGCCGAUGACGGCCGCCAGAAGCGAACCAGUCACCGACAGAUCUCCCAAAUUCGACAAAACAGUCACUAAUACGGAGAAAAUAAACGAAACCAACUCAAUAACCAAGUCUUCUGCGAUCAUAGAGAAGACCAGCGUUAUAGAAAGAGCAGAGAAGAGCGAGGAGAAGGUGGAGAGACCGGCCGCGUUGUCUGUCGGCGCGACCACGUUGGAGAGGCGAUCUCAUUCAAACAAACAGGAUUCAAAGAUCGAGGCUACUGAUGCAUUAAUCGCACAACUUAAUUGCAGGAUAACAAAUCUGGAGAAGCUUCUAGAAGUACAGAAUGCAAAAUUCAAUGCGGCCAUUGAAGAAUUGUCAUACAAACUGGCAGCAGAAACGGAGAAGAGACAGGCAUUACAAUCAGAGCUGGAGAAACUGGCGCAGUGCGUCACACAAGUCUAGCCCAGACUGAUACUGGAUUAUGUGAAUUAUAGUGAAAUAGUGUACAAACAGUGCUGUGUAGUGUUGUGCUAAAGAAACAUAUAGUAAAUGUUGGAAUUACUACCCGUGCACAAUACGAGUAUCAAACAAUGACGUCAUCACGUACGUAUAAAAGAUUACACCGUAAAAUGGUCUUUAAUGAAAGUAGCAUUAGAUUUAUUUUCCAUUGAAUAUUGUCUGACAUUCCCUACAAAAUUUUUUGUGUUUACACUCGUAUUUUCCGUUGUCCAAAAGCGUUUUUAUACUAGACAAAUUAAGUAACUUCUUAGUUGAAAUAAUACUAUUUAGAGCAGUUUUACUGCUUUUUUUAAUAUUGUUUUCUAGUACAUUAACAUUCCUUAAUAUUAUUUUAUAAUCCCUUGUGUUGUUAUUUUUAUAACGCAGUUAUUAACGCUUUUGUUUCGAUUAUGUACUUAUGAUACAUAUAAUGUUAACAUAAAUAACAUUUUAUUAGCUUUAAGGCGUUGUUAUUUAAUAGCAGGGUUUCACUGUUUCGUGUACUUAAUCCGUUAGCGCACGAAAAUUUAAUAAAAUGCAUUCACAGUUUACAGAAUAGCACAAGAUAAAAAUAAAUAAUUUUUCGGUUACACAUUUGUAAGGAAUUCUUGUUAUUACUACAGUUCCAUUUGUUACGUAAUCGACGCCAUUUUGUAUUACGUAUUAAUACAUAAGAUUAUGUAAACUUUUGUAAUUCUUAACAGAUUUUUACAUUUUUUUUUUCGAAUUAAAUAGCUUAACGUACAAGCAGCCUAAUUGUAUUUAUAAUUAAUAUUAGUUUAUAUGUAAGUCUCAAUGCGUAAAUUAUGAUUACAAAAUUAGUGCCAUUUUUGAUUUAAAACUGCGUAAAUUAAGGUCUGGUAUAAUAAGAUUCAAAUUUUAUAUCAGCUCGGGGUUAUACAUGAGUGCAUAAUUCGAGUCUGCGAAGUAUCGUAAGUUCGACUAAAUAUUUUUGGGAAAAUUUCCCCAGUGUAAAAUACCUAUAUUUGUGUUCUGUGUACAUCAUCCGAGCCGCUGUAAGGUUUAAAUGGCAGUAUAUUAGUAUGAAUAUUGAAGUUCAUGAUGAAAUUAUCUAUAUGUGACUGCAAAAUAAGCAAAGAGUCUAAUUCCAGAUUGUGGGAACCAAUGAAUUAAAAUUUAGUCAUAGUAGUAAAAUUUGGUACAUACAAUUCUUUACAAUUGACAUUUUUUAAAAGUUUUUUUUAUUUAGAUACAUAUCAUUUGUGAUUGUAACAUUCCACAUGUUUUAACGUUUUUUUAUCGUUUAUUGGUCAAAGAUAUAUUUUAGCCAAAGUAUGAUUUUCCAUCAUUAUGCAUAAUAUACGCCGAGAGCCAUAUUUUCUACCUGUAAUUAAUAUAUUUUUGUAUUUUGUACAGAGAUUGAUUAUAAUCGUUUUUACAAUGUAACAGAUGUACCUUUUUGUCUAAACAUAUCUUUAAUAUUUUUGUUCACUAAUCCAUUAUAGAAUAACUCGAUGUCAGUUCCACCUCUUUGAUUAUAAGUAUUAAAAAAAAGUUUAUUUAGUAAAUUGUCAAAAGGUUGUGUUUAACCAUCCAAUGUUUUAAACAUUUAUUUCAAAAUGAGGUUUGUAUCCAAGGCGUCUUUAUAUUGUUUAUACUUCUAAAAUUAUAAAACAAGAGCAUAAAUGUGAAAAAAGUUCUCCGGAGAACUUUUGUUGGAGUAAAUUCCCUAAUGUUUGUCAUAAUACAAAAUGAAAUGUAGUCAAAUUUGUAUGAAACAUUUCAUUUAUAGGUUAUUGUAACUAUGUUAUGGAUUUUCUGUGGUCUAGUAAAAUAAAGUUGCAUUUUACAUACGCCUUGGAUGUAUCUUUACGCGAUUGAAUAAGGCUCGUAGAAUCUGUAGUUGGUUAUAUCAGUAAAAAAUGUUGAAAUAUGAUUAGUUUAAACUAAAUAAUUUAUAAACUAUAGAGAAUAGUUUAUAGAUAAAAUUGUGAUAGACAUUGCCUAAAUAUAAACUUACGUUACUAAAUCAUUUUAAAGGCUUUAAUUGUGCACAAAUAACAUGAAUUAUAUGUACAGAUGAAAAAAUUGUCUAUUAGUUUUGACAAAGAAAAAAUAUAUAUUGUUAAGUUGUCCUAGCUAGUACAGAUAGCAGCAUAAUUUUAUCGAUUAAUAGUAAUUUUGUACAAUAAAUUAUCCCACAGUAAUUGCACACAUGAACAUAAUAGUGUAACCUAAUCGAGAAUAUAAAAAUCCUGGCCUAAAGGCGCUGCAAUCGCCUUUGCAUCACUUUAGUAAGCAUAAAAAUAGUUUUUUUUAUCACUGGGCAAGCUAUAAUCGAGAUUUUUGUAACAAUAGUUUCAAAGUAGGCAUGUAUCUAGUUGUAUGAAAAUCGAUUCAAGUAUUGGAUAUACAAAUAUCGAUUUUUAGUAUCGAUUAGAAUAACAAAAAUUUUCCGUAAAAAAUGAUCAAGUCCUUUUUUCUUAUGCAGACAGUACACAGAAAAAUUGGAAUUUUUUAUUGAAUACAUUUGUUUUAGAAUGCAUAAUGUUGGCUUUCAGAAUAUUUUUCUUAUUGCUUUUUUAAUUAGCAAUGUACAUGUAUUUUUUAAUAAAGAUAGUGACAAUUCACUUUUUUAUCAGACAACUGUAAUUAUUUUUGAUUGUUGAAAAAGAAGUAUCAUUUGUUUAAUUUAUUGUGUUAAUUAUUUAUUAUUAAUUAACUGUAUAUUUCAGAAACAUUAUCUUAGAAAAUUUUUAAUCAACAACAAAUGUUUAAGCCCUGUUAUAUUAAUUCAGUCCAGCGAUCUAAUCCAGCACUGAAUUACAACUGGAAAGGAGUCUUACUUGAAUGAAGUUGGUUACAUUGUGAACUUUAUCCAGCGUUAGAUUCAAUCGUUGUUCUGAAAUAAUGUUAACUGGGCUUUAUUUAGAAUUGAAAUAUUUUAAAAACCGGUAAAUACCAGAAAACUAGUGAUGUACCUGUGUAGUGAAAUGCCUUUAAAAAGUCCGAUUUUAGGCGUUACUUAUUUCACGUAAGGCUCGUUCGUACCUGAGAUAUUGUAUUAAAGAAGUCGAUUCUAUUUAUAUAAAA